GACCGAUUUUCAUCCAAUGAAAUAAUUCUUCGUAUGUUUUCUGCGGGACCACGAAGCUUGAUUAGCAACGUAGUUUGAGGAAACUAAUUUGCUUCAAUCAUGCCUCCUAAAAAGAAGAAAGGAAAAGGCAAAAAGAAAGGAAAGAAGAAAGAUGAUGCCCAACUUCAGCUGGAAGAUAAAUACAAGAGAACAAUGGAUGAGAUUGAAGCCCUGAAAGAUCAUCUCGCAACACGUAAACAGCUGUCAAGAAAGGCGAACAUGCACAGCACGGAGUGGAAGAAACGGAUGUCGGACGUGGAGCUGGAAAUGAGAGACCAGCAGGAUGACCAGAAAGCCAUCAAUGCGGAUAUGACACGUCAGUACAAGACAAUGCAGACGGACAUGGGCCUGAAAAUCCACACACUUGAGUCUGAGCUGCAGAGAACCACACAGCAACUCCGGAGAGUGGAGGCGGAGUUGACGAUCACUGUGGAAGAGAAGAAGCGGAUGAAUUUUGAAAAAGAUCGGGAGAUCGAAAAACUGAAACACAAUAUUUACACCAUGGAAAAGGAAUAUGAACGAAUAUUAUUAGAAGCACUCGGCUCACUUGGGGAUAAAAUAGACAAAGCACGGAUCUCUUGGGGAGACCAAUCAACAAUGAUUCAGGCGAAAAAUAAACACAUCCUGCUUGAGUUUGGCCUCAACCCUUUAUAUAUCUGAAUGUUUAAAAAAAAAAAAAAAAAAAAAAAUCCUAAACACAUUCAGUAUGUAAGUGAAAGAAGAAACCUGAUAGAAGAACAAUAACACCUAAUCAAUGAAUUUGUUGUAAAAAGAAACACCCAUUCAGUAAAUGCUACUAAAACACCAAA